CUUGCCGCAGAAAUUUAUCUUAAGGACGUUGGUCGAUCGAAACUUGCGGUAAUUAAUGCUAAUUUGAAAUCGAUUAACAAUCAAGUUUCGUUACUUUCCAGAAAUUAUGGAGAAUCUCUGAAACCCACAUAUUUACUGGGGAGAAUUAACAUGUUUGAGCUGAUGAACCAGCUAACUCAACAAAUUUACGGGAGCCGAGUCUUACUGGAAGAAGAUAUAAAUAAUUCGACAUCAACUAUUUACAUCGAAUCGCCCAGAGUUGUUAUCAAAUUGAGUAGUAACAAUAUAAAUGUGGAGACUAAAGAUAAUGAGACUAGAAAAAUCGUGCAAGAAAUUUUGUUUAAACAAUUGAUGCAUAUAUUCCUCUAUCUCGCCCCCGUUUACUUUGUAUACCUGUUGAGACAUUAUUGUUUCCAAAGGAUCGUAGGGACAGCCGCUAAAAAAUUGGGGUGGCGACUCAAUGAACUGGCUUUAUCCUCCAUUACCAGAGGUCUGGUUGGAGACACCAAUUAUGCUAUCUUACCGCAAAUUCAAGCCAAUCAUACGUUCGCCGUCACUUUAGUUUUUCAGGCCGAUGCUCAAGAAAGGGAGUUGUCACAAUUAAUAUAUGAAGCAUUGGCCCCUUCAAUAAGACUUGAAUUGUUGCCUAAAUCAACAAUUGAUAUCUAUAUCACUAUUCUGGAAAAUGAUGGAACCGCUUCGUGUUUAGCUGCCGCUGUUACAUGUGCAUCAGUAGCAGUUGCGGAUGCCGGAAUCGAAAUGUUGGAUCUGUCAUACAUUAAUGGAGAGAUUUAUAUGGAUUGCGAUUUAAUAGAGGAACAACAUGAAUCUGGAUCAUUGGUUAUAUCCUAUAUGCCUUCAUUAAAAGAGGUAACUCAUAUAUUGCAAUCUGGAGAAGCAGAUUCAACUUUGAUUACUCAGGUAAAAUUUUGCGCUUAA